GUUGCUAGUUGUUUGAAAAAACAUUGAGUAAAAUGGCACAAUUUGAAGACAGAGUAAUCGUGAAUGCUUCCCUGCUUAAACGGCACAUUGAUAAACCGGUGAGCAUUCAUCUGAAGGUGGACGAAGCCGCCAACGGUUGUAGAUCAUUCAGCGGAAAAUCGACCGACGGUAUGGAUGUACAAGUGCAGCUAUCGGAACCGUUAAAUGGCAAGUGCUCCGGAUGGGUGGAAAUUAUCGGUGUUGCCGAUACGCAGAACACUGUUCGCGGCAAAGAAAUUGUCACGUUCUUCAACAAUGGAGACAAAGUGGAAGAUUUCGACGUGGACGGCCACAACAUGAUGUGUACGUUGCUUUCCGUUUGCAAAGAUCCCUUUCCGUGUGACCCAUAGUGUGAUGAAUAUAAAUGUUGUUCCA